CUUUUAUUCCUGUGUUACACGGCUGCUUAGCUCAGUCUCAGCCGCCAAAUUUUACUCUUUUCUUCCCUUGAAUAAGAAUUCUUCUUCCUUCUUUCUUCCUCUUCGCCUUCUUCCUCCUCUAAUCCGAGCGAUCUCCUUCGUUUUCCUCCCAAAUUUGGAAGGAAGGAAAGGAAAAGGGAAAUGGAGGAACCGGAGUCUCCUUCCUCCUCUGCCUCUGGCACUCCGCGUAAGUCCCUCCUACGCUCCGCCACAUGGAACGCCCGCUCUCAACCGCAUCCUAAUCACAACUCAAAUCUGAAUCCGAGCGCUAACCCUAAUCGGCCCCCCAAACCCGGCCGCCUCGCCCUCCCCCUUCCCCCUCCCCUCACUGCCUGGCCCCGCCCCGCCUCCGAUGACUGCCGCCACUGGCCCACUACCCCCUCCGCCUCUUCCUCCUCCAACCCGGCUGCAGAUGACGGCGACCCAGACAUCUCCCGCGUCGACGACCACGUCUUCCUCGGGGGCGACGCGGCCGCCCGCGACCGCGCGACCCUCCGCCGCCACGGCAUCACUCACGUGCUCAACUGCGCCGGCGCCGCUUGUCCCGACCACUUCCGCGGAGAGCUCGAGUAUAGCACUCUGUGGCUCCGCGACUCCCCCGCCGAGGAUCUCGCCCCUGUGCUGUACGACGCGUUCGACUUCCUCGAGCGGGCGCGCGCUGCUCCCCGGGGCCGCGCGCUUGUCCACUGCCGCCGCGGAGCAUCCAGAUCUGCCGCCCUUGUCGUCGCGUACCUGAUGUGGCGCCGCGCAUUGACCUUUGACCGCGCGCUCCGCGCCGUUCGCGUAGCGCGUCCGUCCGCAGACCCAAACCUCGGCUUCGCCGCUCAGCUCCUCCACUGCCAACGCCGCUUCCUUACCCUUCCGCCGACAUCUGUCUCCUCUGCAAUCCGUGCAUACCGCAUGGCUCCGCAAUCCCCCUGCGACCCCCUCUACCUCGUCCCCAAAUCGGUCGACCUCUCCGCCACCGGUGCAAACAUUCUUGAUUCCCGAGGCGUAUUCAUCAUUCACACGCCUGCCGCCAUCUACGUCUGGCUUGGUCAAGGUUGCGAACCCUCCAUGACCGCCGCCGCGGCUACCUCUGCUCUCCAGCUCGUCCGCUAUGAGCGUGCUGACGGUCCAAUUAUCACAGUGCACGAGGGUUCCGAAUCUGCAGCCUUCUGGGCCUCCUUAAACAACGACCCUUCGCCUCCUAACACUGAUGAGUUCGUAGGUAAGCGGAGAGUAGAGCUCUAUGAUCUCGACUACGACAUCUUCCGCAGGGCCAUCCCUAGAGCUCGAGGGACACCGCCACUUCCGGCGAAGUCACCGGCGAAGGAGAGUGGUUGGACCCGUUUAAGACGCGAAUUCGCAAUCAAGGGUUUGAAGGAACUAACGAAAGCUGUGUUAGAGAGCAGGGUUUUUGACGACGAGGGCCUGCGGGUAAGCGAUACAAUUCGAUCUCCAGGAUCUUUCUCUAUGGAGUCAAGCGCCACGCCAUCAUCGUCUACUGCCGACACUGCUUCAGUUAUUUCUACCUUCUCGCCAAAUUCCUUCUCUUCUUCUGAUUGGUAUAAUUUGUCACCACCAAGCUCAGAAUUAUAUAGGACGCGCCAAACUGAACUGAACUCGGAUUUGCAAUCAUCUGUUACUGGGAAUGUAAAGUGGAUGGGCUCAAGAACUUUAGUUGAACGUAGACGAGAUAAUGCUCCUCUGGUUCUGUUACCAUCAUCUGCUGAUGCCUCGGGGAGGCUUUCUUCAACAGAAUUAGUAAUGGAUUGGUGCCCAUCUCCUCCAUUUAUUUCAGAAGUGGAAGAAGACCAAGAAGCAUUAGAUAUAGGACAACUCUCUUUGGAUGCUUCAGACAAAGAUGUCUCUGCCGAGGAUGCACCUUCUGGUGCUGAUGAGGAUACUGAAUUAAUUCAUCCAGUUCUUUUCAGGUGGCCUGAUAUGGAUAAAGUGGAGGAUGCGCAUCAUGGAGUUCUUAACUCUGACUCAGUGUUCUUAUUGCUAACAUCAGAAUCGAAAGCAGGUUCUAGGAAGCCAAUGAUAAAAAUGUAUGUUUGGCUAGGAAGAAAUAGUAGGCAUAACAUUCUAGGAGAGGAGGAAGAAAAAGAGACUGCACACGUUGAUAGAAUUGGCACCAAGUUUAUCGAGCUCAUGGGUAUUCCAUUGGAUACUACUAUACAGGUAUGUUAUAUUUUUCUUUUGCCAUACUAAAUUAGCUUCUUGGACCUAUAUGCUAAAUCGGAAUUGUAUACUUACCAGAAAUCAUUCUCAGUUCUCUAUUUAGGAAAUAUAUAUAUCUUCAAUGAAUUUAUAAUGAUCUUUUAAACUCUUGAGAUGAAUUUGACUGAAACAUCAUCUAAUGCUUUAGCAGUGUUUAUACACUUUAUAUCCUUUUGUUUUUAAUUAAGAAAGAUCUCUGUUUGAAAAUCUAUUUCUAAGCAUAAACUAUUUCUAUAAUUCUAUUUAUACUCGACCAAGAGAAGACCUUUUUUUAGCAAGACAAUGGUGUAUGAUUGAAUAAACUAUAGUAUUUCUUAUUUCCUUUUAAUAGUCAACGAAAAGUAUGUAAUAUGUCAAGAUUUUUCUCAGUCUUGAGCUAGUUUUCUGCACCUUAAAGUUUGUUCACACUUAUAUAUGGGCUGGGUACCAUUUAUUAACUUAAAUAGAUGAAAACUGGCUAAGCUAAAAUAACAAGGAACAUUUUGCCAUUUCCUCAAAGCACGACUUUUUAUACUUCAUAUCCAAUCAUCAUUUAAUCUUCGUUGUGAAAUUUCUGCGUUUCAUGUCCAUCCUACUUCUGAUUUGUGCUCAAAUAUAUUUUUUUUGUCAGAUUUGGGUUUGUAAAGGAGUAAAAAAAAUACUAAUGUUGAAUUAUGGGAUUAUACAUAUCAUAGAGUUUCAUAAAAGUUUCUAGGCCACUUAGUGGUUUAUCGUUGUCAUUGUACACAUUGUUGUCUUUUCCUGUGGUUGAAGUUGCACUGAUGCCCUAUGAUAGCCCAGAGCUUUAUCCAGUUUUAUUAUAUUGUGAGUUUUUCAUAGGGAUCACUUAGACACAUUAAAGGUUUAUAGUUGCUAUUGUUUUCUGCUACCAAUAUUCGAAGUGUAAGGCUUUAGUAGUACUUGAUGGAUACAUCAAUUCCUCUAUCAUGUCUGACUUUGGAUCAAUCAUCCUAUUCCUCAGUUGAGUAUGGCUUGUUAAAUAAGUAGCAUGUCAUGGUUACUUUGUGUAAUCCAUGGAAAUUCUGAUGAGGUGACUGAGCAAAAAAAGUACAACUUGAGUAAUGAAUUAAUAAGUAGAAUAAAAAUUAUAGAAAAAGAAAAAGUAUCUCUUACUCUAGAUAUACUAGAAAAAAGACCAGAUUAUGCAAUGAUGAGAAUAAACAAGAAUACUUGCCAAAAGCAUAUUAUCCUCUUUUGAAUGGCACAUAUCGUGGAAAAAUAAACAAAUUCUAUUCACAUACGACCAUGAAUCAUUUAAUUACUUCGAAAGAAAAUUCGUCGAAAAUAGUUUAGAUAAAUAAGCUUCAUGGGCUAUUUUCGAUUUCUAAUAAUUACCAAGAAUUUGAACAUGGAAAAAAAAUCCACUUAAUGUAAAUUCACCAUGGAAUUAUAUUAUUAAUUCGUUAACGUCAAUUGAUCAAUUAUCUUUUGAGUACAUACCCAAUUCUCAUUUGAAAAAAAUCUUCUAAACCUCACACCACUAUAUUUUUUAUCAUACUGUAUUACUCUGUAUAUUUGGAAAGAGCCAUUGCAAUCAAAGGCUAAGGGAAAAUGUCCUUUGACCACUUGAGAAGAAUUCUAUUGAGUUCCUUGUUCGAAUACGUAAUAGAAAGUCAAAAUUUGUCCUUUAGAUUACUUAGAAAGGAAGGAGAGAGGAGGUGGAAAGGAGGGAUAAGGGGAUAGGAAGAAGCCAUGAGAUUGAUUACUUGGUGAUGAAAUGAAAAAAAAUACUCUGUUGAUGAUCCAUCACCUUCUCUUCCAAAUUUGUCUCCUUUUGUCACUUCUUGGAAACCAUUUGACCUCCUUACAACCUUUUGCAAUCACAACAUUCAUAUUAUCACCAACAUCCUCCACCUCCACACCAUCAUUUAUGGCCAUGGAGUUCAUUGUUGCCCUCGACUUCCUCAACUCUAGAAGGUCCAUAUCCUCAGUGAUGAGCACCAUAUUGGGCCAUGGUGGCAAAGGACAUUAUGGCCCUUUUGCCUAUUAGGUGACUCUUUCUGCCAUUGCACUUAUAUUUGGGUGAAAGCCAAAUUAGCCUAAAUCCUUUAUGUAAAAUAAUUUGUUAACUCCUUUCAAUUCAUAAUAUGUUAGUGUUUCUAUAAAAAAAAAAAAAUGAGACUCAGGAUACCAGUUACUCCUCUAAGAUGUCAUUUCCAUUAUUCCAUAUUACUUGAUUGCAUAGAUAAGUCUUAGAAAUGUGCAUGACUUUUUUUCUUUUAGAAAAACAUCAUUUAUAGUCUCGAUCAUGCUAUGAGACUCAGUAGUAGGGACUCUUCAAGAAACUUCCUAUGUGAACGAAGAAAUUUUUUCUUUUACAACCAAUCUCUAGUAAAAUUUCAUACAAGAAAUAAAGAGAGAGAAAGAGCAAUAAUGGAGUUAGUGGAUCUAAUUCCUAUUCUCGUUGCCAAUUCACCACUACUCCUUAUGAUGGGUCUGUAAGAGUAAGUAUGCUGAGACCGAAAGGGGCAUCCAUAUUCUCCCUUCCUGUGGAAUCAGAAUUUAUCCUCCUAAAUGACCAUAUAUUAGUCUAUAGUUGGGAAGUUAAACAAUUAGAGUUGAAGGAGUGAGGGAUACUAUUUGAUAUAGUUACUAAAUAUAAUUAAAAGGAUUUAAAUAACUUGGCCAUUUCCUAAGUGGAUUAGUAGAAUUUAUUUAGACUAGCUUAAAUAGGAACUUGGCUCCAUGUAAGAGAUGUAUUUGUAGUUGUUGAAGAUUUUACUAUGUUUGUCAUCAUAUUAUUUUAUUCAUGAAGUUAACAUCAUAUAGUCUACUAGCAUUAAAAGUGACGUAUAUAUUUGUGGAAAUAGAUUUAGUGCCAUGUUAUGCAUCACAAGCAAGAAGUCGAUAAAUCCAAGUGCUUUAGUUGGCAAAUUUCAUAGACAUAUAUGCUUUAGUGUCUUGCAAGAAAAAAUGAUUGUAGAAAUUCAAAAUUUUAAGUUGAAAGAAAAUGCAACGAGGGGGGUUAGAGUCUCUUUUAAAGGUCCAAUUAUGGCUCAUUUUUAAUGAUAAAUCAACCUAUCAUAUCACUUCAUAAACAAAUAAUCAAUUUAUAAAACAACACAUCCAAAUUUAUAUAUAUAUAUAUAUUUUAAAGUGCUCAAUUCUCUCUCACCAAGGAGAACUUGACUCUAGUCAACUUGUCAAUAUCUGAAUUUGGAUGUCCUUUCCAAUAGCUAAGGAGUAAUAUUAACACCAUUUCGGUCUUAAUCUUCGAGGAAUACAAUUUUUGCAAUGUUUUUUCGUUGGUUGUCCCUUCUAAUCAGGAAGCAAUGCAACUUAUUAUGAUGUAAAAAUGCUCCAUGUGGCUCUCUUGUAACAAAGUUAACAUGCAAGAACAGAUGGUCAAACAUCUCCAAUUAGUAUAAAUUUUAAUUACAAAUUUGAACUAAUGGUUAAAAUAGUUUGUAAGAUAAGUAAAUAUACAUUAGAACUAUUUUUUCUCAAAAUAUGACUAAAUAAAUUAAUAAGAAGGCCCUUGGAGUAAUUUUUAUGAGAUAAUUCAACUACAUGAAUAUAAGAGGAUAUAUUAUAUCAUCACUAAGUACUUUAUAAUAAUCAAUUCCUAAAAUAACUUAUUCUAGCAUAUGAAUUUCUCUUAAUGGACGGUUGACCUAAGAACGCUGGUUUGCUUGGUCGUCCGCUGCAAGCGCUUUCCGAUUUAUCAUGGUGGCUGGUGGGAAACUUCUGUGGAGCCGGUCUGUCACCCCAAAAUUAGUCAACGUAGGCGGGAUACCUGGUGCCAACUAAAAACAAGAAUCCUAUUUUGUUUUGACUACUUAUAAAUAAACAAAU